AUGUUCGGAAAGACCAACAACCGCAGCAACGAUCACCCCGCCGUGGCCUACAGCAAUGUUCGUCUUGUGGAAGAUCGUUCGGUGGAUCUCUACAUCCACAACUCUCGAGGCAAGGGCAUCUGGAAGACCCAAGCAUGGUUGGAAGAGGGACGACCCCGAGAGUUGGCAUCUUUGAACAUUGCCACUUGGAGUUUGCUAACAACGAGCAUCAAGGACUACCAACUGGGAUUGCGUCAAGCCAAAGCCAGGAUCUAUGUCCGCAUGGUUCUUCCCAUGUACUUUUUGUGGUUGAUGUGUCUUAUGGGUGCUACGUCCUACACCACCAUCCAAGAGGCUGACAUGAUCAACCUAAUUACAUCCUUUGGCCUAAUUGCCAUGAUUUUCGUUUCCCUUAUGGUGUCCUCGCAUUUCCAGCAAGUCCAUGUCGAUGAAGUCUUUAAUCCUGCUGUACAAUCAGUCUUGCAGGAACUGGCGCCCAAACUCACCGAAGCAGGAUGGGAAGUUACACUCAUGACAGAGGCCGGUUCUUGGUGUCGUCGUCCAACAGUUUCCUUUCUCCGAUUCACUCCUCUGCCUGAUGAAGAAAAGGCUGCUGCAGAGAACCAGUAA